AAAAACAAAAAUAUAAUGUGUAAAAUAAAAAAAACUGACCUGAUAAGCUCAAAACAGCACUUUCUAAUAAAAUUGUAAUUCCAGGCUUUUAAUUUAACAAAUUAAGAACAAUGAACCAAUAAAAUAUAUUUAUGGAGAAAUUUAGGAUCAACCAUACUCAUAAACUGAAUAAUCAUAUUAAUUUUUUCUCAAUCGGAAUUAAUGUUUGGAGUUGGCACCGCUAA